ACAUAUGUCAAACAAAAUAGGUUAACAUUAGUCGAACACACAAAUUAGAAAAUAACAAAUUAGAAACUUUAUUAUCUAAUAAAUAUGAUAGAAAUAACUUGCAACGACCGUUUGGGUAAAAAGGUAAGGGUUAAAUGUAACCCCGACGAUACAGUUGGAGAUCUGAAGAAACUUAUUGCGGCGCAAACUGGAACACGAUGGGAUAAAAUAAUUUUGAAGAAAUGGUAUACUACUUUUAAGGACCACAUUCAACUGCAAGAUUAUGAAAUUCAUGAUGGGAUGAAUAUUGAAUUAUAUUAUCAAUAAUAGGAACAGAGGGAACACUUAUAUAAUCUAGAUUUUAAGUUGUAAUUAUUUUAUAUUUUUAAA